CUCCCCGUUCAGCGCCACCGUUGUCCAUCCCCUGCCCUCCACCCCCGCCGCCGCCGCCGCUUCCUCUCAGGCCAAUUCUCCACUCCGGCCUCCCCGCCGGCGACAUGCCGCCCAAAGAGCUGCCGGGGUUCUACUACGACGCGGAGAAGAACCGCUACUUCCCCAUCACGGGCCCCAUCCCCGGCGCCGCCAAGCGCCGCCGUCCUCCUUCCCCCCCGCCGCCGCCGCUUGCCGACCCUCCGUUAACCAGGCGCAGGAAGAGGGUCACGCAGUCGGAGCUGCUCCGUGCCAGGGAGAUGUACGGCGGCGGCGUGAUGUUCUCCUCCGGGAACAGCAAGUGCACCUUCAGGCAGCAAUGCCAGCACGCGCAGGCAUCCCAGCCCUUGGGUUGGAGUUAUCAAGGCACGAGCUCCAUGGCUGAUAAGGCGGUAGAGGAACUGCGCACCGUGGUUCAGACGCCGAGCGGGCUGCGAGAGUCCAAGGUGUUAGUAACCGGCAGCAUCAAUGGUACUGUCAGAUUAUUCGGAUUAGGGACUGCUCUGCAGAACUUUGAGGACGAGGUGGAGUAUUUAUCUGAGCUUGCUUGGACUCCCUUGCGAAAGCUGAAAGUAGCAAUGAAGUCUGGACUUGCAAAUAUCUGGUCACCUGAAACAGCCUUCUCAAACUUCUCAUCCAGUAUAACUUGCAUCAAAAAGUUUGGGCACAAAUUCCGUGAUGCAGCCACCACCUAUUCGUCAGUUGGGCGAGCAUUGGUGGCUACUCUUGGAUCCAGAGGAUCCGGUGGUUCUCUUUAUAUGAUAGAUCUGUCACUUACUACUGACCUGGCAAUGGUCUCACUGAAUGCCUAUGGAAAAAUUGAACGGCUUGGUUCAUAUAACCGUACAGUGUGGACCGCUGAUUGUAGUUCGGAUGGCACACAAGUAGCUCUAGGUGCAAACAAUGGUGCUGCAUUGCUUAAUUUGGAAAAAAGAUCAUUAUCAUGGAUGUAUCACUGUAAAAGUGACGUUCUUUCCCAGCAAUUUAUGCACUCGGGAAAUGUUGUGCUAUGUGGCCUACGUAACGGGAGCAUAGUCGCUAUCGAUGUGCGGCAAAGGCACCGUAAUUUCCCUACUGGUCUAGCUUCACCUGGCACUGCUAGGAGGACAGUUCCCAUGCUGCCUGCGACGCACCAGGCUGAUAAGGCUAAAUCUACAAGAGCUAUUUCUAUGUCUUCAGCAGUUUGCAGCUUGGUUGCUCUGUCAUCAGAUGAAAACUACUUCUUAGGGAGCUCCAUGGAUGGAUCGAUCAAGCUAUUUGAUCUCCGUCUCAUUCAGAAGGGGGCUGUCCAAUCUUAUGUGGGCCAUGUGAAUUCACACACUCAUUUACCGCUCGCUGUUGAUCCAUCUGAAACCCUACUUAUGUCAGGAGGGGAGGACUCUACAGUUCGUAUUUGGAGCAUCAAGACAGGCGAGCAAGUAUUCGAAAAGAGAGUGGCUGACACUCUCUUCACCGCACUUUGCUGGCCAGAAAGUGGCCUUGACGUUGAUCGUUCUUCAUUAUUUGAUCUACGACACAGCUGGGGGGCUUGGAUGGGAUCGCGUGAUGGCCUGUACUACAUGCAUGGUACAUAAACUGGUUGUGGACUGAUAUACUCAGAGUGGAUGCAGGAAAUCGCUGGUUGUUUUUUGAAGGACAUGCUUGAACUUCUAUCUCAAAGAGAUUGUUUCUCGUAUCUCUAAGUGAUUGUUAGGUCAGCUGUCUAGCUAGGUAUCAGAGUUCUCUUAGAAAACGGAUCAUGUUGUAUCAUAUGUACUAUAGUAUUUUUUUGGAAUGGCUAUGUGUUGUUCCCUUACAUGUCAACAUAUUAGUGUGGAUCCCAUCAAAUGUAUAUAUCCUUUUGAAUUUAUACAACGGACUCCUGUAUUCUAACA